CAAUAAUGGGCAAUAACCUGGAUUUUUAUUUCAUUUUACUUGACAUGCUGAGUAUUAACAGUUCUGAUGUGUAAAUAUGUAUUUAUAAUAAUCCCACAUGCUUCUUAUCAUCACGGCCAGAUAGACACGAUGAGUGCUCUCUGAACUUACAGUCACAUGACAACAAACAUGACAAACAAUUGCCUCGACCUAACUCUCGUCGUCUGCAGGUCACAGUUCAGGUCAUCCACAGGGUAGGAAACAUUUAAACGUAGAUUAGGACGCAGUUUUUUAAAUGCAAAAUGUGAAGUGAUCGAGUCGACCUGUGUGCAGACACGUUGAGUCCGCACCGGCAGAAUUCCACAGACUUUGUCUGAACAUGAAAAAAAUGUGAGCUGUUUCCUCGAUAACCCUCUGUGGUCCUGCAUCAUGAUGCCAGCUGACACCAGAGCAGAGACAGAUGAGCAGGAUCGAGCUGAAACUCUCACGUCUCUGUUUACAAGAAGACAAAGUGCCAACGCCUGACUCAUUUUCCACAGAGCUCUCAGUUCACAUCAUCAGGUUUCACUGCCGUGGUCAGCUGAAACAAACUGCAUGCUGGGACACCGUACAUGUUGAGCUGACCCUCCUGAGCUUGUCUGUUCAUCUAGUCGCUGAGUGGUUCCGGCCGGAAUGCCUCGAUGGAAAGGGUUCUUCAGUCAUUACUUGCGAUGGUCCAACACCGUCACUCAAGCCCUCGUCCUGUCCGUCGUCACGUUUUGCAUCGUCCUCCCUCUGUGCUGCCAUCGGCUGCUGUACUCUUACUUCUUCAUCAGGUCCAUGUACCUGGACUCCAUGAGUGAGGAGGUCCUGCAGGAAAGCCUCACCCGAGGCCAGGAUGCGCUGCGCUUCUGGCAGAGCGCUUCCACUGCAGCAGCGGUGUCUUCCAGAUUCACUGACAUCGCCCAGCAUCCUGAGCUGCUGGUUACCGUGGUAACAACCAGGCGGAAUGAGGGACGGGACUUCCACUACCUGCUCCAGGUGAUGCGGCAGCUGAGCAGGAUUCUGGGAAGCUGUGGGGAGCGGCGGUGUGCAGAGGUGUUGGUUUGCGAUGUGGAAAGCGGGCCACAGGAAAACCAGGACGCCAGGAUGCUGGAGGCCCACUUCAGGGUGAUCCGACGUUCCCCUCUGGAGCAGCAGAGGAACAGGGAACGAAUCAACACCUUUGAGAGGGAGAAGAGGGAUUACGUCUUCUGUCUCCGCAAGGGAUGGGAGCUGGUGAAGCCCAAGAACAUGGUUGUCCUGGAGGAUGAUGCUUUGCCGAUACAGGACUUUUUCGCAGUCGUGAAGGACCUGCUGUCCCGUCGCUUCGCCUUCCAGACUCUUUACAUUAAGCUGUAUCACCCUGAAAGGCUGCAGCGCUACUGGAACCCUGAGCCUUACCGCAUCUUGGAGUGGGUGGGACUCGGGCUGGUUGGAGCAAUGGCCCUCCUCCUCACCCUCCCUUACUGGAACCCCUGCUCUUUCUCCUUCACACUGUCGGCCAGCCAUUUCCUCUUCUUCACUCUCUACUUCAUGGCUGCCACAGAGCUGCUGGGGCGCCACUACCUCCUGGAGGUGCGAAGACUAACCCCGCAGCUCUACGCCGUCUCCCCAGCCACAGAGUGCUGCACCCCUGCCAUGCUCUUCCCCGGCAACGCCUCGCUCAGGGUUGCAGAGUAUCUGGACGGCUCAUUCUGUGUCAAGGGAAAUGCGAAAGACAUGGUCAUGUAUCAGAUGGCAAGGACGAUCCCAGGAGAAAGGUCUCACAGCGUGGAACCCAACCUCAUCACCCACAUCGGGGCGUAUUCGUCGGUCAGGGCCAACCCACCCAGGCCCAAACUCCUCUGACAGGGAGGACACUCAGUGCGACAAGGCUGGAUUUAAUCAGGUUUCUCCUCACCCAGUUUCCUGUCUGCCGUGUCACCUGCCGGACUCUUCACACAGUUGAAGACGUCGCUCAGAGAGUACUGGUUUGGUGAUUUGCAGGUGAUUAGUUGUCAAAGCAUCAGGUUGAAAAACAGAUAGUUGAAAAGUAUUUGUAGAUCUGAAGGUUGCAGUUCACAAGUGUUUUAACCAUGUUUUUCAGUCGUCUGUCUCCCGGACGUCUGACAGCACAGAAACACUUCUGAUUUUAUCAAUACAGCUGAAUAACAGCUCACAUUUUACUGCGUGUAACAACGACCUGAAGAGUUUAUGCUUCAAGUCUGUCUUCUUUUGUUUCACACACGGAAGUACAGUGAUUGUGUGUUGGGCCAAGAGCCAAAAUGUGGGUAACCUACACUCAACACAGUAUCUGAACACACCAUGUGUGACACUGAAGCUGCCGAAGGUUUACUGUACGGUGAGUGUGAAAUGCUGUUAAACCACUUUUAGGUAAAAUGAUAAAAAUGUCAAUUUUCAACAGGUGUUAGUUUGAUGGUGUUGGACGGAAGUUGGACACCAGCGAAUUGCACAAACCACUCUGAGCUGUGUGUUCAGUUUGGGAUCAAAUCAUCGCUGCUGGAAAAAAAAAAGUUUUGCUGACUUUAUACGUUAUUCAGCUGAGGGGUUUAUAUUUUUCUCUACUGCUGUGGUGAAUCUACUGCCCGGGGUCAUCAGACUGUUUAUUAAAAAAGAUAAAUCAGAUGCUGUCAGUUUCCACAAUGAUCAUCAUCUGCAGGCCUUUUGGAACAUUCAAAUAAUUUUCCUUGAUAUGUUCAUGGAUAGUGGUGACUUAAAGGAUUGUUCACUGCUUGUUCACCCAGACCUUAUUAAAAGGAGACUUUGCAGAUUUUCAGCCUGGCUUGUGUCGCCACGGUGCAGAGCUCUGAUUCUCUGCCUGAGCUCGAUUGGGCCCGACCCGACCCGCCAUCACAUCCUCACUGUGACCUCGUCACAUAUUGACGUUUUGGUCAUGGACUUUCCAUGUCCACAUACAAUGUGCAUGGUACCCUGAGUGUGUUGGUUGUUGAUGUUCUGGGACACUGUGGCAAGUUCUCUUCUUUCAAGAUAAACUUCUGUUUUCACAGGAAAUUUAACAUUUACCUACAGUCUCUUUCAAAAUAAAAGCACUACAUCAAUACAAUACUGCAAAUGUAAUUAUUUUUUUUUCCUUCAACAACUAAAACACAGACUAGGUUAAUUGAUAACUCUAAAUUGUCCAUAGGUGUGAAUGUGAGUGUGAAUGGUUGUCUGUCUCUAUGUGUCAGCCCUGUGAUAGUCUGGCGACCUGUCCAGGGUGAACCCUGCCUCUCGCCCCAAUGUCAGCUGGGAUAGGCUCCACCCCCCCGCGACCCUCAAGAGGAUGAAGCGGUUAGAAGAUGAAUGAAUGAAUGAAUGAAUGAAUGAAUGAAUGAACUAAAACACGUGGUUGGGUUUAGGAAAAAAGAACAGGGUUUGGCUUUAGAAUCUUAGGGGAUGCAAACACCGCUCCCUCAGGUGAAGUCAGACCCAUCCACCACCCCUACCCCCGCCCCACUCAGACUUUUGCCGCCUUAACUUUUGUCCUUGUCCCCCUGCGUUUCCCCCCAGACACUGCCGGGCGCGGUUGAACCACUAUGGCAACAGGCCGCAUAUCAUGCCGACAUUAAAGGACGCCUUUUUUCAUUGUUUUCUGAUGCCACAAGUCACUGGCCAAGUGUCGGAUUUUGAUGACUUCAGAGUGAGACCGGGCUGGACCUGCAGGGUUCAGGCUGGGCCAGGCUGUAAUCUCUCACUAUUGCCCCCGGGCCUGAAUCAGGUCGGGUUCUAGACAAUUAAGCUUUGUUUUCUGUUUGUUUUAAAUGAAACCGACAGUUCUCGUGCGUAAAUUACAGGAGAUUUAUUGGACUCAAUCAGGAGGGAAGGACAGAGACAGAGGGGACUGAGACUGAGAGGGAAAGUGGUGGAAAAAUGAAGUAAUAUAGUGGAGAACAGGAGGAGAAAGAGCAGGCGAUGGAGCGAUGGAAACGAGAGGAAGAGGGGCUGCAAGGCGACUUGGUCAGCAGUGUUUUCUUCCGCCUCCCCAACAGCGGGAGAGAUGUGCGUAAUGAGCCCAGUCUCACUACGAAGUCGUAAAAAUCCAGUUCUUGGUCAGUGACCUGCAGCGUCAGAAACCAACAAAAAAAAGGCAUCCUUUAACGUUGGCAUGAUACGCAGCUAGUUGCUGUUAAAGGCAACAAACACUGACUUUCACCCGAGAGAGCGGUGUAAGAUUCUAAAGCCAAACCCUGUUCUUCUUUCCAAAACCUAACCCCGUGUUUUUGUUGUUGAAGGAAAAAAACAUCAGUUGGCAGUGUUGUACCAACGUAGUGCUUUUAUUUUGAAAGAGACUGUAUGCAAACUGCGCAUUUCCUGUGAAAACAGAAGUGUAUUUUGAAAACAGACAAUGCAUGUAACAGGCUGAAGUUGACACGGCGUCCCAGAACGUCAACAACUAACACACCCAGGGUACCUUGGACGUCAUAUGUGGAUGUGGAAAGUCCAUGACCAAACGUGGUCGCGUGCUGUAACACGCAGCAAAGAGCAGUGAUCAUCAUCAGCGUGCAGCAUCACUAUGAACUGCCGAGGGGGAGUGGCCUCUACUGAACCUGUCGCACAUAGUCUGGGCCGUUAGUGGCCGUUUUGGUAAGAAAACGGAACCAGGGCGAGUGAGACAGGAUCCGGAAUUCGAUAGAUGUGCCUUUCCGUAAAAAUAAAAGCACCAAGCUAAUAAAAAUGCGGUGAAAUUUUUAAUUUAAAGAAUAUAAUUUACAAGAAAAGCCCCAAGCCAUUAAGUUAAUCGAUUUUCUUACACCCCUCAUCACCCCAAAUCGAUGGUGCGCCAGAAUUUAAAGUUUUACUAUGGUGAACACUUUUAGUUUGGUGAAUUUGGUGAAUACCGCAUCCGCUCCCUAGACCGGAACCAGAAUCCAGACAAAAUUCAGUGUGAAUAGACACCAGGCUCUUCGCUUGAAGAGCUUGGUGACGCAAGGCUAGUCGCACAUGAGACAACAGACUAUUGAAAUAAGGGAGAGAAGGAGAAGUGGUGCAAGGAAACACAUCAGCCCUCAGCCUGUAACAAAUGGUUUAAUAUUAAAAAAAAUCUUUUACAGUAGAAAGCAGCUUUUUGAUUGAGCUCAGACCCAAAUCUGCUGCCAUGGGUCGGGCUGGGGUCAAGCUGGGGUCAAGCUGGGGUCGGGCUCCGACAGAAACUGUGCAGGUUCAUUUAGGUCUUGAUAAUUUUGGGCCGUCAGCUCUACCACUGUGGGAGGAGUGUGUGCAUAUGAAUGGUGUCUGGUUCCCCACCUGUGCCAUCAGCAGGACCUCCCUGCUCACACCACAAGCGAAAAUCCACCAGAUGACGUGCUUCAUGUCAUUUCACGUCCACGUCUGGAGGAUUUUGGUUCUCAGAGAGGCGGAAAACUCGGGUAGCUGGCAGCACACGGGGGCACCUUAACACCAUUCAUCUGCAUACACUCUCCACACCGCGAAGCGAAGACACAGUCCUGGGAAAAAACUGGCAAAGUAUUGCUUUAAAAGUAGGGCUGGGGUCUGAUCAAUCCCAGAAACCACCAGCUUUUGGUCUGAUGACGAUAAGCCUCUGGGGGCAACAGACUAUAUUUUGGGGUAUCCAGUUUAGUCAGCAGAUAUCUGAACCAAGACCUCCUCUUUUCUAUAGGUAGAUAUCUACAAAUGAAUGCAGGUGAUUUUUUAAAACAUUUCAUAUAAAGUUAAAUUAUUGUCACCCCAUAGCUGACGGGCUCUGUGACCUCUUCAGCUCUCCACACGGACUGUCUACCUGCACUUAAAUAUAACUAAAGUUGGAUAUUGGACAAACAUUAACUCAACACCCAGAGGCCUCUUCUAGGUUUCACUUUGACCCAGCGUCAACACUACGAGGGCGGUAAGCUCACCUCCUAGCCCUCUUGUCACUGCUGGGGACAGACCCGGACCCGACAGUCAUACUAUGAAUGGAAAGUGUGUCCAAGCCUUUAUGUUGUGGUUGAAAAACAGUGAACACAUCUUUUAAGAGACAAAUUUGAGGAAGAGGAGCUCAAAGUCUUCACAGUCCUGUCUCUGUGGAUCGGACAUGACUGAUUGAUGGGGCCUCUUUUAUGUUUGAGGACAAGAUGAGAUUGUGAUUGUUUGAUCGUGGCCUUUCUUCUUCAGCACUCAUUAUCUGAAUUUCAUUGUAUUUACAGAGAAUCUGUAAAUAGUGAGCGGUCAUGUGACGACACCCACCUCUGCGGUACCAUAGAGCAAUAUUAACACUGUCACAGUGCUGCUGUUGGAGACACGACCGCCGCAGCACAACCACACUGACUGUGCCUCAAACUGUAUGUGACCUACAGAGCAGUGACGCGACCAAACCACAGUGUCGUGUCGACCUUUACAGCAGCAGUCUGACAUUUUAAUCAAGCUUUUCAUCCUCACAUGACACAUUUGCUUUCUAAAACUAGAGCGAUGGCAGAUUUAUUUUUUCAUAUCCAUCUAUAUGUUUUUCAAAGGACUUGUUUUUAAAAUCAGAAUCUCUUUAAAAGGUCUUUUAUAUGUACAUUUGAUUAAUGUCUCAUUGUUCCAAUUUUUAAAUAAUAUCUUCACAUUAAACGUUAGAGGGAAAAAAGCUUUGAGGUGGAGUGUUUGGCAAAGAGAACCAAGUUCAGCUGGUGCCUGUAAACCUCCCCUAAUCAAAAAUCAGGACUGUGCUGCUAACGGUGGCUUAAUGCUAGCCUAACAUUUGCUUAAGGCUAGUUUAGCAUUGGCUUAACAUCAGCUUAAUUAUGGAUUGAUGUUAGGUUAACAUUAGCUUAAUGAUAGCUAAACGUUGGUUUAAUUUUGGCUUAAAGUUAGCUUAAGAUUGUCUUAAUGCUGGUUUAGGGCAUUGCUUUGGCGUUUGAGUGCACUGUUGCCAACUCCUCAGUAAGAAAAGUAGCUAUUGGCUGUCCUAAAAGUUGCUAGAAGUUGCUAAAUGACGUCUUUGCCUAAUUUGCAUAAUUGUCCAUAUGUAUGUAAUUGUAAUGGCUGCUGUAGGAGAGAGGAAUAACGUCGUGGGAGAGACAAAAACUGAGUAAAAAAACACCCUGAAUAUGUUUAGAACUACAAAUGAACCUUCUUUCAGUGAUUUAUAUCAGACAAAGAAAAUUUUACAUUUACAUCCUGCCCUGACUGUAAACCAGGCUGGGAUCAGCUAGCGGUGGUUCCGCACAUGCGCGAUUCACUUGCAGUCUGGACGUGGAGGGGUUAACGUCUCCUGCUCUGACUGCUGCUGGGAGGGAGGACUGGGCUGUCUGUGAGUGCUUUGGGGCGGGGGAGGGGCCCACGGCAGCAUCCACUGCUCGUUGAGAAGAAAAAGAAUGAUACGUGCUUUCACGUCAGAGUCUCCAAAAGUCUCCAAUAACAGCAGAAAAAGUCGCUAGAUUUGUCGCUAGUUGCUUUUUUGAAAAAGAGUCGCUAGAGGGGUCUGAAAAGACGCUAAAUAUAGCGACAAAGUCGCUAAGUUGGCAACACUGCUUGAGUGCGCCUGUCGACGUCUAUUGAAAACUAUGAAUUUCAGGGCACAAAAAGUGCGGCGUGUGUACAGGCUCAAAGAUUUACUAAAAUGUCAGACUGUCUCACUGAAUGUGCCUUUAAUGUUUUUGACGUUGAACUUUGAGGUUUCUUGCCGUAACAGAACGUUUCCCAGGAAUCAGCUCUGGAGGAAAUGACUCUAAAGUUGGUCAGCUGUGAUAUUUAAAUGCAUUUAAUUUGUACUGACUGAAAUAUAAUAUUUAGAUGAGUUGAAACUCAAAGAGUUACAGGAAGGAGCUGCCAAGGCCUGUUAGAGUUCAAUUCAAUUCAAUUUUAUUUAUAAAGCCCAUUAUCACAAAUCACAAUUUGCCUCACAGGGCUUUACGGCAUACAACAUCCCUCUGUCCUUAUGACCCUCACAGCUGAUCAGGAAAAACUCCCCAAAAGAAAACCUUUAACGAGGAAAAAAAAUGGUAGAAAGCUCAGGAAGAGCAACUGAGGAGGGAUCCCUCUUCCAGGACGGACAGACAUGCAAUAGACGUCGUACAGAACAGAUCAGCAUGAUAAAUUAACAGUAAUCUGUAUGACACAAUCACUACGAAAUGACACCAGAGUCCAAAGUCAGGAGCUCAAACUGUUUCCUGUUUCAGCUCUAAACCGCAACAUGGCCGACAGCACAACAUGUAGCACAUGUAAUGACUUUUUUUUUUUUUAAGAGAAGUGACACCUUCAGAGAGUUUAAAAAGCAAACGUUUAAACGACCGAUAAAUGUUUCUGAUAAAUAUUCUACUUCCUGUUUUAUUUAGAAAUAUCCACAAAAUAUAAGUUUAUUUCACCCACGCAUAUUUUAGAGGAAUAGUUCAACAUGUUGGGAAACUUUGGAUCAAACAAACCAGAUAAAUAUGUAAGUGAGAGAGCUUUAAAGGAGCAGGCAGGUUGUUUCCUUUGGACAGAGGCAGGCUAGCUGUUUCCACCUGUUUCCAGUCUUUAUGCUAAGCUAAGCUAACAGGCUGUAGCUUUGUAUUUACUCUUCAGACAUGAGUCAGUGUGAACAUCUGACUCUCAGAGAGGAAGAGAAGAGGAUUCACCUAAAUGUGACAGUGGGCCUCGUGCAGAAACAUUCUCUUACGUUUUCUCUUAUAUUUUCCCUCUCACUCUUAGCGUAGGUCACGUUACCCUAAACACUGUAUAAGGGCAGGUGUUGUGCCGCGUGCAAAGACUUGACACCAGAUGUCCCCAGAAACAGCUGCAAAGUAAAGAUGAUUUGCAGUGUCAGCACUGGUCUUACAGGAACAUUAAAACCCAACAUUCAUGAUGCCAAAUGCUGUGUCAGCAGCAGCGGUGGGGGAAGUAUUCAGAUCCUUUGCUGCAGUUAAAGUACUAAUACACCGCACUGUAAAAAUACCCUGCUCCUAGUGAGAGUACUGCAUCAAAAAUGUUACGGAAGUAAAAGUAUCCAAGGGCACAAUGCAGAAUAUUUUAAAUCAACUUAAUAAAAUCAAAAUUUGGGAUGCACCAUUUUAUCGACCGCACAUCGGUAUCAGCAGAUAUUCUCCUUGUUGACUGCCAUCGAUGUCUCAGCAAGUUAGAUGACAUUCACCAGUCACAGUGGUCGAUGUUUUUCUGUUGUGUUACAUCAGUUUUGUGCAGGUUAUAUCACAGAGCAACCGACAGCGUCCUGUCCCACGAGAUGCCAUCCGAAUGACAGUAUGCAGUAAACUCACUGUCGUCACGUCAGAGGAACAACAAAUCAUUGAUGACAUCAGCAGGAGGAGAGCUGGUUAGUGUUAGUCGUUAGCGGCCGGUGGCCAGAACUAAUCGCUGGUGGAGGUUACACAGAUGCAGUGUUCAAACGGUGUUGUGUUUACCGUGUUCACAGGAAGAGACUAAAUGAACGCGGUAUUUGCGGCUUCGUUAGUGAAAAUCAUCUGAGAGCUCUGAGUUCCCAUGUACCCGAUUCUCCGUGUUGUAAACACGAGCCCACGAGUUCUAUUUGAAGGUAGCGUGACUUACAUUAUGAUGCUCGCUUCGGUAAAAAUGAGGAUUGGGCGAAGGUUAAUUACAACUAGGGAUGUCCCGAUCACAUUUUUUUUGCAUCGGAUCCGAUACCGAGUCCUUUAUUGUGAAACUGAGUCCGAUCCGAUACUUUGCAAAGCAUUAAGAAAGAAAAAAAAAUGCAUCCAAGUUGUCCCAUAAGGUUUGUUUUUUAUUUAAAUAGUAUCCAAAAAGCUUAUCGGUGGAUCAGCAGCACAAAAUGUAAACAAAUUCAAUAUCUUCUUGUCUUCAACAAACAAAAUAGGCCUGUAUCUUUUAUACACUGGAAAGUGGAGGCAACACUGAACAACAUAGAUGAAAAACCUGGCCAUUUUUGUUGUUUUGAUUCCUCCGAUCUUUCAUUACCAAUUCCGAUUUUGUAAAAAUAACGUGAUCAGAGCCGAUACCCGAACCGAUUAGACAUCCCUAAUUACAGCAUUAUCAUGACGUGUUCAGUGUCAUCUUGUAAAAUGUAGUUUUUAGUCAGAAACGUGAAUAAAACAGACAUGUUUUGAUUUUUUUUUUACAGUAAUAUAAAAUAGAUAUAAAAAGGGUUUAUAUGGUAAAAUACUUUUAAAGUAGUUAAUUCAAAAUGUUUUGCAUGUGAAAGAAAGGACUGAAUGACUUUUAAACUGUUGUUUUCUAUAAUAAAGAUUUCUUUAUUUUACUGAUAAAAAGGUGGAAAAAAUAACAACAAAAAUUACAAACAAAAAAAAAAAACAGUUCAGGCUGGGCCGGGCUGUAAUCUCUCAUUAUUGCCCCAAGUUCUCGUGCGUAAAUUACAGGAGUUUUAUUGGACUCAAUCAGGAGGGAAGGACAGAGACAGAGGGGACUGAGACUGAGAGGGAAAGUGGUGGAACAAUGAAGUAAUAUAGUGGAGAACAGGAGGAGAAAGAGCAGGCGAUGGAGGGAUGGAAACGAGAGGAAGAGGGGCUGCAAGGCGACAAAAAUUACAAAAAAAACCCAACAACAGUACUUUUAGUCGGUCAAUUUAAAAAACAAAUAAACAUUGGUAUCGGCGAAAAUUUCGUCGUUGCAUCACCGAAUAAGAUAACUUUUUUUUUUUUUUUUAAAGCAGUAGGAGUUCAUAUUCAAGAGGCUGGAACCAUGAAAUAGUUUUCCAUGAGAAAUGACAAACAGUUAUCAAAGUAUUCACAAUUCUUUUUUAAAUAAUUCAACUAAUCAGCUGCACUUGAAGAAAUUUAUUUGCUUUGUUUGCAAAAAAACUUAAUUGUUAUUGAAAGUAAUUCAAUUCAUCAAGUGAAAUACAAAGUGCAGUGUGUCCCUCUGAAGUGAAGCAGAAGUAUAAAGUGACAUGAGAUCAGAACACUCAAGUAAAGGAAGAGAACCUUAAGUUUGUACUUAAGUACCAUACUUGAGUAAAUGUACUUAGUUACAUUCCAGCACUGGUCAUCAGAGGGACGCACAGUAACAGAAAUUACAGUGAUUGGGAUGAAUGGACCAAGUGUAGCAGCCUUUCUUCAGCCCUCAAAUAAUUUAUUCAUUAUAAACAUAAUCUAAAUUUGAUUAUAUGAUAUUCAUGUGUUCCUUUAUGUUUUUAAGAUUUAAAACUCGUGUUACCUUGAGUUGGACAACAGUUUGCAGACAGUAAAGACGAGACCUUUUUCUCUUAUCUUAUUAAAAGUGCUCGUAAGAUUUUCCAAGAGAAGAGCAAAAAUAAGAAGCAUUGAAUAAGAAAUAAAUGUUUGUUAAAAUAUGGAUAAAUCUUGGAUACAAACAAAAAUAAGAGAAAAUGUGUUGGUGUGGCCGCGUUGUUUCCUGCAUGAGGCCCGGUGUUUCAUGUAAAGCUUAAAAAUCAGACAAAAGUAAUAAUAUUAAUGAGGAAUGUCUGUUUUAUGUAUUUGCUGGACAAUCACAGAUUCGCCUCAAAGAGUUUUACACUCCGUAUGUUUUUAUUACCUCCAAAUCACAGAUAUUGUUUUGGUUUGAGUGAUUAUUUCACUGACGUACUGACAGUCUGUCUAAAGUGACACUAAUUACUUCACUCAAAUAUAUAAAAGAGUUCAUACUGAUUAUUGCUGAAACAAAAACUUUAACUGUGAACUUUUCUUCAUGUUUAUUUUGGCAGCUCUACAUGAUUUAUUACAACUGACUUGAAUUGUGACUUUGACAUUAACAUUUAAAUUGCACUUCAUUAAAGAUAUACGGUAAAUUAGGGGAAAUAAUUUACAUUAUUUUGUAGAAUAAAAAGUGAAAUAUAAAGUGACACAAUCUGAGUGUUUGAAAAGAAAAUUCUUGAGCAAAAAUAUCAAAACAAUCAGUGAACUUAAGUUUAUGUUGUGAUGAAAAUAUUCAGAUAAACUCUCCAAUUAAAACAUUUAUUUAACUUAACAGAAAGAAGAUGUUCUUUUUUUUCCAGAAGUUUAAUUUUUACUGCUCAUUUAUGUUGAAAGUCGAGAACAUCGAUUUCUAAAAUGAAAAUUUAAUUUAGUGUUUGAUUUAAGCUUUGUUUUGGUUUGACGUGUUUUAUUUCUGCCUUACAUAUAUGCUGUGUUUUUGUUAAUUAAUCAUAAAAUGUUGCUGCGUCUGUCCUUCAUUUACUGCAACACAAACAUUUCAGUUUAGAUGUUUUUCUCUUUUUGUUUCUGCAUUUUUCAACCAAUCAUUUUGUUUGCAUGUUAAUAACAAGAUGAAGAUUCAUUUUAUUUAGUUUUUAUCUGACAUCUUUAGACAUCAAGUUGUUGCCUAAAAUAAGCUCAGAGUGCUCCAACUGACCAAAGAGUCAUUUAAGACUUCAGAUGAAAAUUUACUGGUCAAACUGAACUGACAUUUCAGAAUAAAAGCACUGCAAUUAUUUGACUCAAAUACGAUGUGAAAAUGUCGGACGGACGAUGCAAAUGAAAUGUUUUCCUGUUAGAACAUUCUGACUGUAAUUUAAAUGUUUGUGUUUACACUGAGACUCUUUCACUGUUUUCUACCUUUAAAAAAAAUCAAUAAAUCUCUGCUGUUGACGUCA